AUGGAGUCUGGGGAGAGGUUAUCAGCAUCAUCAGCCUCCUCUGCUGCAGCUGCUUCCACUCCAGCGGUGUCGGCGCCGUCGGUGGCUCCGGAGGCGUCCAGGGGUGGCCUUUCCCCUGGAGCUGCAGCACUGAGCUCCACAGUCAGCACGUGUGAGUGGUGGCGAACAGCAGACACACACUCUCGUCCCGGGGCAGCUUUUUUCCCUCCGCUCUUGGGAAUUCCUCCCCUGUUUGCACCUCCUGCACAGAACCAUGAUCCCUCCUCGUUCCACUCCAGGGCUGCAGGAAAGGGCGCUCGGAGCAGCACGGACAAAGGUAUAAAUGGAUCAGUGAAUGGGAACAGCACCACUGCGAUGUCUGCUGUGACCUCCUCCGCGCUCUCCACCAGCACGGCCGCGUCGGCAGCACAGGUGAAGGCUGUGCCCUCGGCAGCAGGAGCACGCAAGUACAACCAGGAGCAAAGCAAAGUGCAGCUUCUGGACACCAGGGCUGACAAAAUCAAGGACAAGAAGCCCAGAAAAAAAGCAGUGGAAAGCUCCAGUGACAGUGAUUCAGGCUCCUCUUCAGACACCUCGAGCGAGGGCAUUAGUAGUAGUGACUCUGAUGACCUAGAGGAGGAUGAAGAGGAGGAGGAGGACCAGAGUGCUGAAGAGAGUGAAGAUGAUGAAUCUGAUUCUGAAAACGAAGCACAUCACAAAAGCAAGAACAAGGUGCUAAUGCAUAGUGGUGUCACAGAUACAAAAACUGAUGGACAGAAACCACAUGAAAAGUCCCAAGAAAAAAGAACACACCAGCAGAUACCUCUUGUGUCUGAUUCCCAGACUCACUCAUCAUUCCAGUCCCAGCAGAAGCAGCCUCAGGUUUUGUCACAGCAGCUUCCCUUUAUUUUCCAAAGCUCUCAGGCAAAGGAGGAAUCUGUGAACAAACACACCAGUGUCAUACAGUCUACGGGACUGGUUCCUAAUGUGAAACCUUUGUCUUUGGUACAUCAAGCCAAAAAGGAAUCCUAUUUAAAACUCAUAGUUCCUUCCCCUGAUCUACUCAAAGCAGGGAAUAAAAAUACCUCUGAAGAAUCUCUCUCUUUGACCAGCGAUGUAAGAUCAAAACGGGAACAAUACAAACAGACAUUCCCAGCAGCUCAGCUAAAGAAACAGGAAUCAUCUAAGAACCUGAAGAAGGUUAUCGCAGCUUUGUCAAGCCCCAAACCAACAUCUAGUUCACCAGCUCAUCAAAAACUCACAUCCUUGGAAAACAACCAUUCUAACCCAUUCCUGACCAAUGCACUUUUAGGUAAUCACCAACCCAAUGGAGUUAUUCAGAGCGUCAUCCAGGAGGCUCCUCUCGCACUCACCACGAAACCGAAAGCGCAGACCAAGCUCAGUGAGAGUGUAGCCAUCCCUAGCAGUGCCCCCUUUGCUUUGCCAGUAAACUUGAGUGCGUGUGGGAAAAAGCCAGCCGGUAACCGGACACCCGCCGUGCCCUCUACCUCUCCUGUGUUACCUGGGUCAGGAAAGGACAAGCCAGUCAGCAAUAACGCGGGGAAAGCGCAGCACCGCCUGCCCUCGGCAAAGCUGGUGGUGGAGCAGUUCAGAGGGGCAGACUCAGAUGCCCCCAGCAGUAAGGACUCUGACGACUCCAAUGAUGAUGACGACGACGACGAAGAUGAAGAUGAGGAUGAUGAAGAUGAUGAUUCUGAUGAUAGCCAAUCAGAGUCUGACAGUAAUUCUGAGUCAGAUACAGAAGGGUCUGAAGAGGAAGAUGAUGAGGAUGAUAAAGAUCAAGAUGAAUCAGAUACAGACACUGAGGGAGAAAAAACUCCGUUGAAACUGAACAAAAGUUCCUCCUCUGUGAAGAGUUCUUCCAUGGGACUUGCAGCUCAUUCCACCCCACUUAACCUCCAAGUAGCCAAGCCCCCCAGCUCUGCACCAGCUGCCUUAUGCCCUGAGGCCCAGCCUGCAGUGUUCCUCGGGACAGCUCCCUCCACCCUGACGCCAACUUCUGCUUUAGGUAUUUCGAAGAGACGAAGAGUAGCAGAUGAACGGGAGCUGCGUGUGCCGCUCGAGUAUGGCUGGCAAAGGGAAACCCGAAUCAGGAACUUUGGCGGUCGCCUGCAAGGAGAAGUAGCAUAUUUUGCACCUUGUGGAAAGAAGCUGAGGCAGUAUCCUGAAGUAGUAAAGGGUGUGCAGUGGUGCCUGCUGAAGGAGGAGGAGGUGGUCCCGCGGAUCAGAGCCAUGGAGGGGCGCAGAGGGCGACCCCCGAACGCCGAGCGGCAGCUGUCGCGGGAGGAGUGCAGGAUGCGGCGCCGCAAGGGGCGACCGCCCAACGUGGGCAGCGCCGACUUCCUGGACAGCGCCGACGCCAAGCUCCUCAGGAAGCUCCAGGCCCAGGAAAUAGCAAGGCAAGCAGCACAAAUAAAGCUGCUGAGGAAACUUCAGAAGCAGGAACAAGCACGAGCUGCCAAAGAAGCCAAAAAGCAGCAAGCUAUUAUGGCAGCUGAGGAAAAGCGAAAGCAAAAGGAGCAGAUAAAGAUAAUGAAGCAGCAGGAAAAAAUUAAGCGAAUCCAGCAAAUCAGAAUGGAGAAGGAGCUUCGAGCUCAGCAAAUCUUGGAGGCAAAAAAGAAAAAGAAGGAAGAAGCAGCAAAUGCCAAAUUAUUGGAGGCCGAAAAACGAAUAAAGGAGAAGGAGAUGCGGAGGCAGCAGGCUGUUCUGCUGAAGCACCAGGAGUUGGAGAGGCAUAGACUAGAUAUGGAGCGAGAGCGGAGAAGGCAACACAUGAUGCUUAUGAAAGCCAUGGAGGCACGUAAAAAAGCAGAGGAAAAGGAGAGGUUAAAGCAAGAGAAACGUGACGAGAAGAGGCUAAACAAAGAACGUAAACUGGAACAGAGAAGGUUGGAGUUAGAAAUGGCAAAGGAGCUGAAGAAGCCUAAUGAAGAUAUGUGCUUAGCAGACCAGAAGCCGUUCCCCGAGCUGCCGCGCAUCCCCGGGCUGGUGCUGGACGGGAGCUCCUUCUCCGACUGCCUCAUGGUGCUGCAGUUCCUGCGCAACUUCGGCAAGGUCCUGGGCUUCGACGUGAGCGUGGACGUGCCCUCCCUGAGCGUGCUGCAGGAGGGUCUGCUCAACCUGGGGGACAGCAUGGGGGAAGUUCAGGACCUGCUUGUCAAGCUUGUCUCUGCCGCGGUGUGCGACCCAGGCCUCGUUACAGGGUACAAGGCUAAAACUAUUCUUGGGGAACACUUACUGAAUGUUGGUGUCAACCGAGAUAACGUGUCUGAGAUCCUGCAGAUAUUCAUGGAGGCUCACUGUGGGCAAACAGAGCUGACAGAGAGCCUGAAGACAAAAGCUUUCCAGGCACAUACUCCAGCUCAGAAAGCAUCAGUGCUUGCCUUCCUGGUCAAUGAGUUAGCAUGCAGCAAGAGUGUAGUAAGUGAAAUUGAUAAAAACAUCGAUUACAUGUCAAACUUAAGGAGAGAUAAAUGGAUGGUUGAAGGCAAACUUCGGAAGCUGCGCAUCAUCCACGCCAAGAGGACGGGCAAGAGGGACGCGGCGGCGGGCG